AUGCUGAGACAGGUCUUGGUAUAUGCUGACAGCCUGUCUUGGGGCAUCAUCCCAAACACACGGGCCAGACUGCCCUUCACCAAACGAUGGCCCGGCGUGUUCGAGGCUUCCUUGAACCGUUCUGGAAAGGACGUUCGAGUCAUCGAGAACUGUCUGAACGGGCGCCGCACCGUGUGGUCGGAUCCUUUCAAGCCCGGCCGAGAUGGCUCCGAGGGACUGGCACAAGUGAUCGAAUACAACUCUCCGCUCAGCCUGGUGGUGCUUUGCCUGGGAACGAACGACUUUCAAUGCACCCAUGACCACCGAGGCUGGCUCUCUGCUCAGGGAACUGCCAAGCUAGUGCAGAUCAUUCGCCAGGCGCCCAUCGAACCUGGUAUGCCAAUCCCAGAGAUAUUGAUCGUGGCCCCGCCCAAGAUCCGAACGCCACGGGGGCCCAUAAGUCACAAGUUUCAUGGAGCAGAACACCGAGACCAUGGCCUAGCUGCUGAACUUCAGGAGGUGGCCAAGCAGCUGUCGACGCAUUUCUUCGACGCCGAGACGGUCACCAGCGCAAGCGCCGUGGAUGGCAUCCAUCUCGAUGAGAGUCAGCAUGAGACCUUGGGCCGGGCUCUAGCCCAGGAAGCUGCCAAGAUUCUGGAGUAG